UAAUGCAAUUUUAGGAAAAUAAGAGUCACUUUUUGUAAUUUUCGACUUUAGAAAUCACUGCACAAUACCGGAUAACUAAACACCGGAGAAAAGCGACAGCACUUCGCCUGAUAUAUCGGAGACUAGACUUCAUCUGUAAAUCAGAACGCUCGCAAAAAUGGCUGCUUUAAACCUCUCAUCUCCAACACACUCUCCUUACUCUCUUCGACUGCUUUCCAAUUUUUCUAAUUCCAGAAAUGCCCCCGCUCUUUCUUUCAAUUCCCUUCCCAACCCCACCGCUUUCUUCCACUCCGCAUCCUUCAAGCACAGAUCGCCGGCGAAGCGCCGCCGCCCCGGCCUCGUCGUCUCCGCGCUGCAGAAGUUGUCGGAGACUGAGUCGGUGACGGUUUCCUCCGAUUCUGACGGAAACUUCCCGUCCGAGUCCGGUGUUUACGCCAUUUACGACAGCGGCGGCGACCUUCAGUUCGUCGGGAUAACGCGAAAUCUCGCCGUCAGCGUUCUCGCUCACAAAAAGUCCUUGCCAGAGCUUUGUUGCGCCGUGAAGGUUGCAGUCGUAGAGGACCCCGAUAAAACUGCUCUAACUGAAGCGUGGAAGACAUGGUUGCAAGAACACAUAGCAGCUACUGGGAAGGUUCCACCAGGGAAUGAACCCGGGAAUUCAACGUGGGUGAAAAGGGCUCCGAGAAAGAAGUCUGAUCUGAGGUUAACACCAGGCCGCCAUGUUCAACUGACAGUGCCUCUGGAGGAUCUCGUUGACAGGCUAGUGAAAGAGAACAAAGUGGUGGCAUUCAUCAAGGGUUCAAGAAGUGCCCCAUUGUGUGGCUUCUCACAGAGGGUCGUGGCGAUUCUUGAAAAUCAAGGGGUGGAUUACGAGAGCGUUGAUGUGCUUGAUGAAGAGUAUAACUUCGGUUUGAGGGAGACGUUGAAGAAUUACAGUAACUGGCCUACAUUCCCUCAGAUUUUUGUUAAUGGUGAAUUGGUUGGGGGCUGUGAUAUACUGACCUCCAUGUAUGAGAAAGGUGAGCUUGCUGAUAUGUUCAAAUAGAAUGUAAUCUUCAUAUUCUUUUUAUCUUUUUUUAAGAGUUGAUAGUGAAUUAUUUUGAAUCCAGAGAGAGAAAGAGGCAAAGCUAGUUGUAUUAAGUUAAGUGAUGUUAUGGGCUUGGUCCAUUUGUUUCAUGAAUCAAUGAAGAACAGGUUUCAUGAUAUGGAAGAAA